CAGACAUGAAUUCGUUGCUGGGUCGUCGGGAUUCUAUAAAUAAUCUAAGAAAGGACAUCGUAGACAUUCAAGGAGCGAUUCUGGACGUGCUCUCCAGAACAGGAGCAGUCUGCGCCUCCUCCUGGAAGUUCCCAGACAAACUUUCCUGUCAUCUAGAUAUUGUUGCUUUGUUAGAGGAAUAUGAUUUUGUGGAAGGAGAAGAUGAUUACAAUCAGCAUUCACACGUUGUUCUACUGGAGUUGAUGAUUGACAGGUUCCUGCUUCUUCUCCAAAGCGUCAGUGUUUAUGCCGAACAACAGAUGGGGGUCUAUAGACCAGAAGGACCCACUCAGAGAGGGGGCAAGUCAGUCGGUCUUGUGGUCAGGAAUUAUUGGGGAGAUUUAUGUCAGUUUGCAAAUGAAAAGGAACUCUUCAAAAAUAUUUCAAAAAAGACUAAAUCAGUGGAAUCUGAUGAUGCAAAUGACUUGUCAUUCCUAAAAAGCUCCAGCACAACUUGCUCAACGCAUUCUUCUAUGUCCUGGUCUUCCACGAGCUCCUUUAAAUUCAUCCCACAAAGUGACGUUGCCAUCAGUUCCCCCGAACCCACCCCAUUCUGUCCAAAAACGGAGUGCCAUAACGUGAGCUGCCAGACUGCACGAACGUCCCUCAUCCCUUGCGAUGCAUGUCGCCAAGUGCAAUCUCUUUUGAGAAAAACUGGAGAAUCUUUGAUAGAUCUGUUUCGAAGUGAAGGUCUACCCUCGUCUCUGCAGUCUCUUUCAGCGGAUGUGGAUGAGAAGGUGAGGGUGGGACACAUGCCUGCAGCUGAUGUAGCACAGUGGGCCAAUGAGCAGCUUAGGGACAUGCGCAGGCUGGCUAAACACCUUCAGGAUGUGAGGGGAACAGUAGUGCCUCUUCAAGACAGAGUAGCAGCAGCAAAAAUGGAAUGCGAGACCAUAAAAGCUCAGCUGGAAACAGCAGAGAAGGAGUUCAAAGAAAAGCUAGAAAAACAUCAGGCAAACAUAGAGCAACUGGAGUUUUCACUGCAGGAAGCAGAGAGAAGUGCAAAGGAAACUGAAAAAAAGCAUCAAGAGGAGCAUAAACAGCUUCAGAAAGAAAUCUGUUCUUCAGAGGAGGCCAAUGCCAGACUUAGGGAGAAGGUAGCAUCGCAUCAAGAAACCAUACAUACUCUUGAAUGUGAAAAGAAUUUGCUGCAAGAGAACGUAAAAAAACUACAAACAGACCAAGAGGCAUUUUGUCAACAGCAACAAAAGAUCCAUCAGCUCGAGAGACAAAUCUCUGACACUCAGCUGCUGCUUGAUAAAGAGAAAGCCAAGUACCAGAGUGCUUGCCGUCAACAAGAGUCAACACAGAUGAAGCAGAAAUCUUUGCUAAAGAGGAUCGAAGAGCUCGAUGAAGAGUGUGAAGAGCUGAAGAAGCAGCUGGUGGACAGCGAGGAGGCCCAAAUUAAGUUAGACAAUGAACUGCAACAGAUGAAACAACUGCAGGCUCGGAUCACUCAAAAGCAGGACCAGUGCGUGGAGCUGCAAAAGAAGAACCAGAGGUUAGAAACACGCGAAGACGAGCUGAAGCGGCAGGUGUCUGAGCUGACGGAUCAUGUUCGCGCUUUAAGAGACAGAGAGAGACUUUUGGUGGCAUUCCCAGAGCUCCAAAACUGGGCCCAACCACAGACGACAGGAAAUGUGGUUUUGGACAUGGAGCAGCAGCUGCAGGCUAACAGCAUUCGGGUAAACAUACUGCAGCAGGAGAACACCACACUGCACAAAAGCCUCCAGAAACUUCGGAAAGCUGCACAACCCAACUGCAGCAGUAAAUCUUUGCUUCAACGUGAUGCAAACCAAACAACCAACAAAAUCUCCUGACACGAACAGAAGAGCUAAUUUCAAGCAGCUCACAUGACAUGCUGUUAUAAAGAAGAAGGAGCCAGAUGCUCAGAAAGUGGUCCUCACUGAACUGUGUCAAAGGAUCGUGUGUCUGCCCUUCCUUUGUCGCUGCAAAGUCUACUUUAGCAUUUCCACUUCGCCACAGACUGCUGCUGCUUAGAGUCUCACAUCAAAAACGCCCUUCACUCUCUGCAAAUAUUUGACUCCAGAAGUGUCAUCUUGCAGGUGUGUGCUUUUAAACAACACCGGCUCGCUUGUUUGUUAUAUAUUUUGGCAUUUCUGCUUUAAACUGUUCAAUAAAAGCUGCUCACAUCUA